AUGCAGUACCGAAGAGUCGGGCAAACAGACAUUGAGAUAUCCCGUGUAAUUCUCGGCUGUGGUUGUUUUGGUGGUAUUGGUUCUGAACCUUCGUUAUUCGAUCAGGCUGAAAAUGAAGAGCAAGCUCACGAAAUUCUCGAUGCUGCUGUUCGUCUCGGCAUAAACACAUUUGAUACUGCCGAUGCGUAUGGUGGUGGUCGAAGUGAAUCAUAUAUCGGUACUUGGUUGAAAAAGUCCGAUGAAAAACUGCGAACUAAAGUAGUGCUUAGUUCAAAAACGUACAAUCCAAUGUUUGCUGGUGACAGUAGUGGGUUAUCAAGAGAACGAAUAUUAGAAAGAGUAGAUGGUACAUUAAAACGUUUUGGAGUCGAACGAUUAGAUAUGUAUUUGUCGCAUGAAAUGGAUGACAAAACUCCGCUUGAAGAAACUCUGACUUGCUUCGAUGAAUUACAACGAAAUGGAAGAAUACGGGCAUUUGGAGCAUCAAAUAUCAGUUGUGCAGAAUUAGAGAGGAGUUUAUCGAUUUGUGAAAGUCGAAAUUUAAAUCGAUAUGAAUGGGUGCAAAACUCCAUGUCGUUAUUGGGUUAUCAAGAGACAGAAAAAAUCUUACAAAUCUGUUCGAAACACGGCCUUGGUUUUACUCCUUAUAGUCCGUUGGCUGGUGGAUGGUUAACAGGAAAAUAUCAACGUGGUUUGCAUUAUGAAUCCGGCUCUCGUAUGUCAUUACGACCUGAUCCAUACGAAAUCUUCGUUCAAAAUCAAGAUAGCAUAUUCGAUGGUUUAGAUUCAAUGAAAAGACUCAGUAAACAACGAUUCGGUGAUGCAAGUCUCGCUGGUAUAAGUUUAGCGUGGUUAUUAAGUGAUGAUCGAAUCACAGGAGUUAUCAUCGGACCACGUAAACCCGAACAUUUAGAACCUGUGAAAGAAGCGUUAAGUCUUCAUCUGAAUGAAACUGAUCGUGUUGAUCUUGCCCAUCUAUUUCCAAAACUAUAG